CAGUAAUAAGUACACCAACUGGCGAUAAACAUAUGCAGAGAUCAUGACACCAACCACACCACCUUCCUCUCAUCUUCCCCGUCACUAGCACUAGCGCAUCCAGUAUCCAUUUUCCUGAUUAAAAACCGAUUCCAGUACGAUUAGUUUAAGUGUCCAGGCCAAGAUCCAAUCAAGCCUGCUCUUUAGUAGCAGCAGCACACUGUCACACACAACACUGCAACAAUCGUUCAAAAAUCUGUUCUUUCGCUUGGUUUUUCUUUGGGGGGCCAAAUUGUAGGCAAUUGCUUGGUGCUCAUUUGGAUCCAGAUCUCCUGCGCUUUCCCUGUAGUACAAACAAUUCAUGGGGUCUCCCCCUCUACAAUCCCAAUGCUUGCGAGAGGCGCCACCUCACAGAGCCAGCCAUCCACCGCAUUGCCGCCCCCCUCGCCUCUCCUCACGUCACCCGCCCGUCUCAGCCUCACCACCGAGGCGCGCGCUGCCAAUGCCGCCACGGUCCCGCGCCGCGGCACCGAGGCUCGCGUUUCUCGUGCCGCUCGCCUUCGCCUUCGCCUUGCUGCUGGUGCCGCCGUGCCACUGCGUCAACGAGCAGGGCCAGGCGCUGCUGCGAUGGAAGGACACCCUGCGGCCGGCGGGCGGCGCGCUGGCGUCGUGGCGCGCCGGGGACGCGAGUCCGUGCCGGUGGACCGGCGUGUCGUGCAACGCGCGCGGCGACGUCGUCGGGCUGAGCAUCACCUCGGUCGAUCUGCAGGGCCCUCUCCCGGCCAACCUGCAGCCGCUUGCAGCGUCGCUGAAGACGCUGGAGCUCUCUGGCACGAACCUCACCGGCGCGAUACCCAAGGAGAUCGGCGAGUACGGCGAGCUGACCACCCUCGACCUUAGCAAGAACCAGCUCACCGGCGCGGUCCCCGCCGAGCUGUGCCGGCUGGCCAAGCUUGAGUCGCUCGCGCUCAACUCCAACUCCCUGCGUGGAGCCAUCCCGGACGACAUCGGCAACCUCACCAGCCUGACGUAUCUGACGCUCUACGACAAUGAGCUCAGUGGGCCGAUCCCGCCCAGCAUCGGCAACCUGAAGAAGCUGCAGGUGCUCCGCGCCGGCGGGAACCAGGGGAUGAAGGGUCCCCUGCCGCAGGAGAUCGGCGGAUGCACUGACCUCACCAUGCUCGGGCUCGCGGAGACCGGCGUCUCAGGGAGCCUCCCGGAGACGAUCGGGCAGCUCAAGAAGAUCCAGACCAUUGCCAUCUACACCACUCUGCUCUCCGGCCGGAUCCCGGAGUCCAUCGGCAACUGCACCCAGCUCACCAGCCUGUACCUGUACCAGAAUUCUCUCUCCGGGCCGAUACCUCCGCAGCUCGGCUACCUCAAGAAGCUCCAGACUCUGCUUCUAUGGCAGAACCAGCUCGUCGGCGCAAUUCCCCCGGAACUCGGACAGUGCAAGGAGCUCACGCUCAUUGACCUGUCGCUGAAUUCGCUUACCGGGAGCAUCCCGGCGAGUUUGGGCGGGCUACCUAAUCUCCAGCAGCUGCAGCUGAGCACGAACCAGCUCACUGGCACCAUACCGCCGGAGCUCUCCAACUGCACGUCGCUGACGGACAUCGAGGUCGACAACAACUUGCUGUCCGGGGCGAUCAGCAUCGACUUCCCGAGACUGCGCAACCUCACCCUGUUCUACGCGUGGAAGAACCGGCUCACUGGCGGCGUGCCGACGAGCCUCGCCGAGGCCCCGAGCUUGCAGGCGGUUGACCUGUCAUACAACAACCUCACCGGUCCCAUCCCCAAGGCGCUGUUCGGGCUCCAGAACUUGACCAAGCUGCUGCUUCUCAACAACGAGCUGACCGGGCUCAUACCGUCGGAGAUCGGUAACUGCACCAACCUGUACAGACUCCGGCUCAACGGCAACAGGCUGUCCGGCGCGAUUCCCGCCGAGAUCGGCAACCUCAAGAACCUAAACUUCCUCGACAUGAGUGAGAACCACCUCGUCGGCCCGGUGCCCGCGGCCAUAUCGGGGUGCGCCAGCCUCGAGUUCCUCGACCUGCACUCCAAUGCUCUGUCCGGCGCAUUGCCGGACACGUUGCCGCGCAGUCUCCAGCUCAUUGACGUCUCCGACAACCAGCUCACCGGGCCGUUGAGCUCCAGCAUCGGGUCAUUGCCGGAGCUGACGAAGCUGUACAUGGGAAACAACCGGCUGACCGGUGGCAUCCCGCCCGAGCUCGGUUCGUGUGAGAAGCUCCAGCUGCUGGACCUCGGCGGCAACGCGUUCUCCGGUGGCAUCCCGUCGGAGCUCGGGAUGCUACCGUCAUUGGAGAUCUCGCUUAACCUCAGCUGCAACCGGCUUUCAGGGGAGAUACCGUCGCAGUUCGCCGGCCUUGACAAGCUCGGCAGCCUCGACCUGUCGCACAACGAGCUCUCCGGGAGCCUUGAGCCGCUCGCGGCGCUGCAGAACCUCGUCACGUUGAACAUAUCCUACAAUACCUUCUCUGGGGAGCUCCCGAACACUCCCUUCUUCCAGAAGCUGCCCCUCAGCGACCUAGCCGGCAACCGCCAUCUCGUCGUCAGCGACGGCUCCGACGAGUCCUCCCGGCGUGGCGUCAUCUCGUCAUUCAAGAUAGCCAUAUCCAUCCUCGCCGCAGCCAGCGCGCUGCUCCUGGUUGCCGCCGCCUAUAUGCUCGCCCGCACGCACCGCCGCGGCGGCGGCCGCAUCAUCCACGGCGAGGGCUCGUGGGAGGUGACACUGUACCAGAAGCUCGACAUCACCAUGGACGACGUGCUCCGAGGGCUGACGUCCGCGAACAUGAUCGGCACCGGCAGCUCAGGGGCCGUGUACAAGGUGGACACCCCCAACGGCUACACCCUCGCCGUGAAGAAGAUGUGGUCGUCGGACGAGGUGACGUCGGCGGCGUUCCGCAGCGAGAUCGCGGCGCUGGGCUCCAUCCGCCACCGCAACAUCGUGCGCCUCCUCGGGUGGGCCGCGAACGGCGGCACGAGGCUGCUCUUCUACAGCUACCUCCCCAACGGCAGCCUGAGCGGCCUCCUGCACGGCGGCCGCGCCGCCAAGGGCUCGCCCGCGGACGAGUGGGGCGCGCGCUACGAGAUCGCGCUCGGCGUCGCCCACGCCGUGGCGUACCUGCACCACGACUGCGUGCCGGCCAUCCUGCACGGCGACGUCAAGUCCAUGAACGUGCUGCUCGGCGCGUCCUACGAGCCGUACCUCGCUGACUUCGGCCUCGCCCGCGUCCUGGCCGCCGCGAGCUCCAUGCUCGACACCGGCAAGCAGCCCCGCAUCGCCGGCUCGUACGGCUACAUGGCACCAGAGUACGCGUCGAUGCAGCGGAUCAGCGAGAAGAGCGACGUGUACAGCUUCGGCGUCGUGUUGCUGGAGAUCUUGACGGGGCGGCACCCGCUGGACCCGACGCUGUCCGGCGGCGCGCACCUGGUGCAGUGGCUGCGCGAGCACGUGCAGGCGAAGCGUGACGCGUCCGAGCUACUGGACGCGCGGCUCCGGGCCAGGGCGGGCGAGGCGGACGUGCACGAGAUGCGGCAGGUGCUGUCCGUGGCCACGCUGUGCGUGUCGCGCCGCGCGGACGACCGGCCCGCCAUGAAGGACGUGGUGGCGCUGCUCAAGGAGAUCCGGCGCCCCGCGGCGGUGGACGACGCGAAGCAGCGGCCACCCACGGCCGCCGCGCCGGUGUCGCCGGUGAGCGCGCACUCGAGGGGCCAAUCGUCGAGCUGCUCCUUCGCCGUGUCGGAGUACUCUGCCUGACGGGACGCGAAUUUUUGCGAGUGUAGUGAACCUAGUAAAUUACUACUAACAUCUUAGCGAGCCGUAAACAGUGUUGAUUAGCCAAAGAUGUACUACUGGUAAUGUUGUACUUAGGUGUAAUCUGCCAUUGUACAUUACUCUCGAGAAUGUCGGUUUUUGUAGCAGCCUUUUGGCCUAACACAUCUGCCAAAUCUCAACCUGUGUGUUGAUAUGAAUGUAUGAUCAGCAAUGCGCAUC